GUUUCCUACAUCUGAAACUAGACAUAGUUUGGAUUAGAGUGAAAUAUAAUCAGAAUUAAUUAGUGAUGGAAAAACAAAUCCUAUUAUAAUCUUGCUUUAAUUGUUGGGUUUAAAAUUGGUUUACCUCACCUAGCUAGCAGCUUAACAGUGAGACCUUUUGUGUCCUCAAACUUAUUCUUUCACCUCCAUUAAAAGCACAAAUGGUAAGAAAAACACUUGGUGGUAGAGUGUAGAACAAGUCACUAACCACACUUUGAUUAAAACAUAUCCUAGGGCCUUCUCUUUCUUUGAUCUUCUUUGUGAGUGAUUUAAAAUGGUUUUAAAUCCUACUCUACCUUCUAAGAAAGUUCAAUCAAUACAAAAAUGUGUGGACAAUGGCCCUGAUCGCCAAGGCAAAUGGUGGUACUCGACUUUCCACACGGUGACAGCCAUGAUAGGUGCUGGUGUUCUCAGCUUACCAUAUGCCAUGGCAUAUCUAGGAUGGGGUCCAGGGAUCUUGAUGUUGUUACUAUCAUGGUGUCUAACAUUAAACACAAUGUGGCAAAUGAUCCAGCUACAUGAAUGUGUUCCGGGAACUCGUUUCGAUCGAUAUAUUGAUCUUGGUAGACAUGCUUUUGGACCAAAACUUGGAGCAUGGAUUGUUCUACCUCAGCAACUGAUUGUACAAGUUGGGUGUGACACUGUUUAUAUGGUUAUUGGUGGGAAGUGUCUAAAGAAUUUUGUUGAGAUGGCAUUCAUCAGUUGUACACAAAUCAAGCAGACUUAUUGGAUUAUGAUUUUUGGUGGCAUCCAUUUUUUCCUGUCUCAGCUUCCUAAUUUCAAUUCUGUUUCUGGUGUUUCUUUAGCAGCAUCUGUGAUGUCAUUAAGCUAUUCAACUAUAGCAUGGGUGGCAUGCUUAUCUAGAGGUCGGAUUGACAAUGUUAACUAUGCAUACAAGCAAAUCAGCAAAACUGAUUUAUUGUUUAGAGUCUUCAGUGCACUUGGUCAAAUCUCAUUUGCAUUUUCUGGCCAAGCAGUGACACUAGAAAUUCAGGCUACAAUUCCAUCAACACCUGAGAAACCCUCAAAGAUACCAAUGUGGAAAGGUGCUAUUUGUGCCUAUUUAAUCAAUGCAAUAUGCUAUUUCCCUGUUGCAACCUUAGGAUAUUGGGCUUUUGGACAAGAUGUUGAUGAUAACAUACUUAUGUCACUUGAAAGACCUUCAUGGCUUGUUGCUUCUGCUAAUUUGAUGGUAUUCAUCAAUGUUCUUGGUAGCUACCAGGUUUAUGCCAUGCCUGUUUUCGACUUGAUUGAGGGGACGAUGGUUCGACGAUUGAACUUCCCUCCUAGUGUAGCGCUUAGACUUGUAGCUCGAUCCGCCUAUGUAGCUUUUACAUUAUUAUUUGGGGUGAGUUUUCCUUUCUUUGGAGAUCUUCUUGGGUUCUUUGGUGGAUUUGGUUUUGCUCCCACGUCAUAUUUUCUUCCUAGUAUAAUGUGGUUGAUAAUCAAGAAGCCAAGGAGAUUCAGUAUCAAUUGGUUCAUCAAUUGGGUUGCAAUUUGCAUAGGUGUGUGUAUUAUGUUGGCAUCUACAAUUGGUGGCUUGAGGAACAUUAUUGUUGAUUCAUCCACUUAUAGUUUUUAUACCUAAAGUGCAUGAUGUUACAAUUAUCCCAAACUUUAACAAAUAUCUUUACUCUUUUAUUAUGAUGAAUCAUAGUUAUUGAACGAUUAA